AUGAAUAAUAAUAAUAAUAAUAAUAAUAAUAAUAAUAAUAAUAAUAUAAAUAAAAACAACAACAAAAAUAAAGAUUUUGUUAUUUUAUCACAAUUAGAGGAAGAAAAGAAUUUUAUGAAUGAAUAUAAUAAAUUUAAAAAGAGAAAAGAGGAACAUUGUGAUUACCUAAUAAAGAAAUUUAAAAAUAGUACAAUCAAUGAUAUGACAACUAAUGAAUUAAUAGAAUUGGGAAAAUUUUUUAAUAUUCCAAAUAAUCAAGAACCUAAAAUUAUUUUGUUUGAAAAAAUUGAAGAGUAUAUGUUUUCUCAAUAUAAAAUAGAAAAAGAAUUAAAAAAAAGAUAA